UCUUCUUCAUCAGGUCACGAGCACGAUGAUCUCCCAAGGCUCUCUCUCGAUUCCGAUGAACCGAGUACUCUCUCCCGUAGCUCUCACCGGAAGACAAACACUCUUUCCAGAGUUCGAGUAGUUAGACCUAGGGCAUUAUCUUCAGAGAACCCUUGAACGGCAACUCGAGUGGCUCGUAGCCCAAUGCGGAGAGCACAGGAGCCUACUGCACAAUCGUGUGGAGUUUCAGCGGAUAGUCCUCGCAUGAACUCUUCUGGUAAAGUCGUGUUCAAUGGCUUGGAGAGAAGUUCCAGUAGUCCGAGCAGUUUCAAUGGUGGCCACGGAUACAAACACCGAGGAAUGGAGAGAUCUUAUUCAGCUAAUGUCCGUAUUACUCCGGUUCUGAAUGUUCCGGUUUGUUCACUUCGAGGCUCGUCGAAAUCUGGUGUUUUUGGCUUAUUUUCUUCGCAACAGAAGAAAGAUAGUGGCGGUGGCGGUAGUAGCAAUGGUGGUGGCAACAGAGACAGCAAAGUCAUAGCAAAGAACCGCACGGAUUGAACUUGAGAGAGGGAAAGCAUGUUUUGCGGUAACACCUCUCUUUUUUCACCUUCUACCCUGGUUUUCUAGCUUUCUGUUUUUUCCCCCUUUUUUUCUUUUAAUGUUGAUGCUUGAGUUUUUGACAGUGAUUAGGGAGUUCCUUUUGGUAUUUUUCCUGGGAGAUUUUUAGACUGCUUUAUGUACAUAAAUGAGGGAGUGGGAAUCUCUUUGUUUUUCUUUGGUUUGUUCCAACUCAAGUGCUGAAAUGUAAUGCUAGAUUUUCUCCGUUGUAA